CGAACACGAGGCGCCAUCGAGAUGUACGCGAAGGUAACUUUGAUGUGUUUGGCAGCCGUGGCUUUGGCCCGCCCUGACAAGCCUGCCCCUUCUGGAGGGUAUGGAUAUGCCCCACCCGCCCCAACAUACGCCCCACCUAAGCCUUCUUAUGCAGCCCCUCAGCCCUCUUAUUCAGCCCCAGCCCCGUCCUACGAGAAACCCCAGGAGGGGAUGCCCUUCGACUUCGAGUACGCAGUGAAGGACCAAUACAACGGUCUCGACUUCGACCACAACUCCAACUCGGACGGAAAGGUCGUCAACGGUCAGUACCGAGUCCUCCUCCCCGACGGUCGCACUCAGAUCGUCUCUUACACCGCCGACUACAACGGGUACCAGGCUGAGGUCACUUACGAGGGCGAGGCACAGUACCCAGAAGCCCAGGCCUACAAGCCAGCUCCCUCCUACAAUGCCCCUGCUCCUUCCUACAAUGCCCCAGCUCCCUCAUACAAUACCCCAGCUCCUUCAUACGGUACCCCAGCUCCUUCAUACGGUACCCCAGCUCCUUCAUAUGGUACCCCAGCGCCUUCAUACGGUACCCCAGCUCCUUCCUAUGGUACCCCAGCUCCCACUUAUGGAAAACCAAAACCCUCCUACGGUUAACAAAAUUCUUUCCUCAUAAUUUCGAUUAUAUUUAUGCGUGAAUGUGAAAUUCUCUAAAUAAUAUAUUACGACA